CCCAACUGGCGAUGUCGCAGAUGAUGGUGAACCAUAUGGUGAUACUGUCCGUCUACAUCCUGACCUUCCUGAUUGGCCUUCCCGCGAACGUCCUCUCACUCUGUGCCUUCAGCGUCAAGGUCCAGAGCAAUGCCACGCCCACCGACGUCCUGCUGCUCAACCUGACGGUGUCGGACCUCCUCUUCCUGCUCAUCCUGCCGCUGAAGAUGCACGAGGCUGCAUCCGGCAUGCGCUGGGACCUGCCCUACUUCCUGUGCAGCGUCACCUCCUUCGUCUUCUUCUCCACCAUCUACACCAGCUCCCUCCUGCUGAUGGCCGUCAGCGUGGACCGCUUUUUGAGCGUGGCCUUCCCCGUCCGCUACAAGCUGCUGCGCAAGCCCGUCUACGCCAUGGUGGGCGCCGUCAUCGCCUUUGUGUUCGGCUCCGCCAGUUGCAGCAUCGUCUUCUUGACGCAGCACCUGCUGCCGGGAAAUGGCACCGUCAACGCCUCCGUCUGCUAUGAGAACUUCACGCCGAGGCAGCUGGCGGUCCUCCUCCCCGUGCGGCUUUAUUUGUUCUCCGUCCUCUUCCUCGUCCCGCUCCUGGUCUGCGCCUUCUGCUACCUGAGCUGCAUCCGUCUCCUGUACGCCCGCCCACGGAUUUGCAGCAGGAAGCGGCAGAAGGCCGUGGGCAUGGCACUGGGCACGCUGCUGGUGUUCGUCGUCUGUUUCCUGCCCUACAACCUCUCCCACCUGCUGGGCUACCUGCACGGGCAGAGCCCCCCCUGGAGGUACUACACCCUUCUCCUCAGCACCGCAAACACCUGCCUGGACCCCAUCAUCUUCUACUUCUCCUCCUCCACCUUCCAGGCCACGGUUAAGCACUCCCUCUACAGGCUGCUGGGGUGCCGACGCCAAAUUGACUUUGUCAACGAAGGAUCCAGUCAGAGCAGAGAUGGCUGUGCUGCAAACCACCUUAGAGAUGGCUGAGAUAUGAUUUUUAUGUAUGACAAACCAGGAGGCCAGCUCCGUACACUCAUGCAGUUGAACAGAAAAAUGUGACGCUCAUUCAUAAGAAAAUAAAAAUUAACUUUUUUGUGAAUAGAGCAAUAAUACUUUCACAAAAUAGUACAUGGUAGUUUCUUGUGUGUGAGGGUCUACCUAUGUCUAUCAUGUGUGUGGCAAAACUAUAAAGCUAAUGCUUGAGUACAAACCUUCCCAAAUAGCUAUUCAGUUUUCAUAAUGCUGGAAGUUCUGUUCAGCUGAACAUACUGCUCUUAAAACUGAAAGUUCUGUUCUUAACACAGAACGCUCUGUUCUUAACAUGGAAAGUUUCGUUCUUAACAUUGAAAGUUCUUAGAACAAUUUUUCUCAUGUCUAUUCAAUGUUCUGGAAGUCCUUCUCUUAAUACUGUAAGUUCUGUUCUUAACACUGAAAGAACUGUUAACCUUUGAUGCUGAAAGGUACCUAUUUGUGCAUCUUUUGAAAAUUCAUUAAGGAGGCUGAUUAAGAGAAAAAGCAUGAGAAGAAAAGAAGAAAGAAAGAAAGAAAGAAAGAAAGAAAGAAAGAAAGA